AUGAGGGCGUUUUCGUUAAUUUUCCAAAUCCCGGAGGCCCUCGUCAUCUCUCUCCCGGCCGAGUCCCCGUUUAGUUUCCCUCCGUCGAAUCGGAAGAAGUUCUGGGCGAGGGUGGGGUCCAGCUCGGUCAUACAGAUCUCCACGGAAUCGUCUACACUCGCGCCUGCUGAGUUUACCGUGCGCGCGUCGUCGAAAGCGGUGAAAACGUGCCACUUGUGGUUGGAUUUGGAGUUCAUUGUGGAGGCCUUCUUUUGGGGUUGGGCUAGGGGGAAAAUGAAGCUCCCGCGGGUGUACCUACACCCGAGGAGGGUGAGGCCCAACGAGAGGCCGUGGUCGAUGAACGGGCGGACGGACUUGAGGAGUUGGGUGGUCCCACAUGUCUUGAUGACAAUUUUGGUGGGGUACACGAAGAGGCUCGACUCAGAGAGGACGUACGAGUCGAAAUGGGCAUUGCCGACUGCAGAGACCACGGUGCACUGCACUGCGUGCAAUACUUUCUCGAGAGAGGGGAAGUCGAGACGACGAAGGCCGCCUUUGCCGGAGGCGGGGUCGUCGCCGGAGAAGUGGAGCUCGAGCCUCUUCUCGAACCCUUCGAACCCCGAGGCUGCCAUAGGGAUUAGUAAAUUUUGGAGGGGGGGAUUGGAAUUUGUGGAAAAUUUUGGACGAGAAGAUGAAAAUGGGAUUUGGUGUGGAUGA